AUGGACGCGAUCGAUCGAUUUCAGUCCGGCCUCUUCGUCCAGUCCCUGCAGCCGCAAAAGCAGCCACUUCCUAAUCAGGGGCCAGAGCAUGGCAAUCUGAAGGAAGUUCCGCUUCCGUUGCUCGGCGUCUCGGUCGAUGUCGACAUCCAAGGCCGAUUCUCCACCACCAAGAUCACGCAGUGCUUUACCAAUGCUUCGUCUUCAGCUGCACGAGAUGCUCAUUAUCUGUUUCCGCUAUACGAUGGCUCGGUCAUCACAUCCUUUCGCUGCUGGCUAGGUGACCGACUUCUCGAAGGUUCCGUCAAGCCCAGGGAGGUGGCACAGGAGAACUAUAAAGAAGCAGUCUCGCAGCAUAAGGCUGCAGUCUUGAUUGGAGAGGCCACGCCGGAGAUCUUUGAAUUGAAUGUUGGGAAUAUCCCCGCCAAAACGACGGUGCGGGUAGAAAUAGUGUACACAAAUGUUCUAAAGCUAGACAACAGCACAGGUGGGUUGGUGCUAACCAUCCCAACCUCUGUCGCUCCACGCUACGGGCACUCGCCAGUGACGUACUAUCACUCAGAUGGCACAAACCGGACGCUGUCUACGGAUGGUCUUAAAAUCAAUAUCCAGGCAUUAUUCCCGGCGCCAAUUCGCAGAAUGGAGUCUCGUACACAUCCAAUAUCGGUCGAGCUUGGAGCGGUCACUCACCAAAGCUUCCAAGAGUUUGCAAAGAGUUCCACAUCAAAUGAAUAUAACCUAUGUAGCGCACGAGCUAGUUUGGCAGACAGGUCCGCGGCUAUGGACAGGGAUUUUGUGGUUUUGAUCUUGUCUGUCUCCCCGGAACUGACGCGAUCCCAAGCAAUAGCGGAAGCCCAGCCUGACAGCCCUCACCAUACUACGGUGGCCGUUACACUUAUACCCGGUACCAUGUUUAUGGAUGACCUGAGUCCGACCGAUUCAGCUGCCGAGAUUAUUUUCAUAACGGAUCAAUCAGGCUCAAUGGAUUCGAAGGUCUCCGCAUUGCGUGACGUUAUGGAUACAUUUUUGCGAAGUUUACCGCAGAACUGCUCUUUCAACCUCUGCUCAUUUGGUUCAUCCUAUAGCUGGCUCUGGCCUGUCUCUAAAGAUUACAGUCAGGAUACCCUGGAUUCUGCUCUGCAGCACAUCGAAUCUUUUGGUGCCGACAUGGGAGGAACGGAGAUUCUUGAGACGCUGAAGAGUGUGCUUGAUCAUACCGAUACUGGCAAGCAUGUUCCAACAAACGUUAUACUCCUUACAGACGGAGAAGUCUGGAACGUUGAUGAAGUAGUAAAGUUUGUCAGAACUACGUCGUUGCUGCCAGACCGAAAUAUUCGAUUCUUUUCGCUUGGUAUUGGUGAUAGGGGAAUUGGGAUACAAGGAGGUGGGUAUGCUGGAGUAGUCGCUCAGUCUCUGGGUAAUAACUGGCAAGGAAGAGUCAUUCAGAUGCUGAAGGCAGCAUUGGUCCCAUCACGCCUUCGAUGUGAAGUUGACCUCGGCCCUCAAUUUACCGGCCGAAUACCCGGGAGUGACCAGCAUAAUCAGGACCGAAGAAUUCCCUAUGUUAGGGCACCAUAUCAUAUUCCACCAUUAAGCAUUUUUGCUCAGUUUUCAGUCUACUUUAUGAUAGAAACCAACGUCACACAUCUGCCUGAGAUGAUCACCGUCAGUGCAACAACCGAUGAAGGAAAAAGGUUCAGUAGACAGUUGCCGCUGCAGCACUGUUUGGGGAUGACAGGAAAACAUCAUUUGGCUGCACGGGCUCUGAUGAAUGACUAUGAGAGUUGCCAGAGCUGGUUGCAUCUUGCUAAUGUGAACUCCAUACCAAAUGCUGCUCAUGCUGUCGAGGCCAUGGUAAAACAGGAAGCACAACAACUAGGCCAGCAUUGGUCCCUUAUUAGCAAAUGGACAAGCUAUGUUGCUAUAGAGCGGAAAGGUGCAGAAAUGCAGCAGAUCUUCAUUCGCAGGGCUGGCAUAAUGGAAGCUUCAGACCUGGUGAGACCAAGACCAAGGGUGUGGGCAUCUAGACCAUUGCGACACAUGCUUCCACCUGCCUGGGCAAGAGACUCUUACCGACCAAGGUGUCAAGCGCGUCUAGGAACCGGUCCGAACAGGUCGAUAAAAAACCCCAAUGUAUCACAGAGAGUAUCCCAUAGAUCUGAUCCAUCAUACGCCCCGCCUAUCCCUGCUAAACUGGAAAGCGAGGAGAUAGAUCGACCGGAAACUCACUGUGAGGGAAUGCCUUCUCCAAUCGAUAUCCUGACAAACGAAACAGUGUCUGUGCAACUUAAAUCAAAUUGUCUUUUCCAUAUUCUCUUACGCGGGCAGAAGGCUGAUGGACGUCACUUGCACGCAUGGUUCUUUGGGAUAGUCGUGCAAGACUUGAUGGAUAACCUGCCAUCAUCGAGCCAACCCAAAAGCUUUCAGGAGCGUGAAAAGAGACCCAUCGCUCUGAUGCAGGAUGUACUCGCGAUUGUGUAUAUUACAGAGCAUCAUUCAUCAGAAAAGAACCUGUGGGAGCUCCAGAUCGAGAAGGCACGACGUUGGCUCAUCAAAGUAUUGGCAGAACUCAUUGCACUAGAGAGGCCUGUACCAGCCGACGAAGAUUCAGGAGAUUUAGCCACGGAGGAUUUACUUGCAAAGCUCGAAAACUUGGCUCGCUCACAGUUGAGGGAAAUGCCUGUUUAUAGGUAG